UUCCAGCGGGACAGACGACUCGCAGAGCCGGCAUCUGAUUUGACUGUUUGAUAGCAAAAGAGAAAACACGCUGAACCUUUCUCCUGCAGCAGGAUGGAAGACAAUACUCAGAAGCACAAGGACUUUGUGAGUGGGCCGAUGGAGGACAAGCUGGUGACGGCCCUGCCGGGGAUCGGGGAGGAGCUGGGCCAGAAGCUGGCAAUCCAUGGCUACAAGAAGGCCUACAAGGUUCUGGCUAAGCUCCUGGUAUUGGAGAAAGACGCGCAGAAGUUCAAGGACUGGCUGAGGGACGACAUGGGUGCCAACGAUGAACAGGCGUACCUCUGCCAUAACGCCCUGUGGGUGUGGUGCGAUACCUUCCUCUGAGCCCCCCCUGCUGUGCUUCUGGGACCCGGGAUCUGGUCGUGGUUCCAGGAUCUGGUCGUGGUUCCAGGAUCUGGUCGUGGUUCCAGGAUCUGGUCGUGGUUCCAGGAUCUGGUUCCGGGGAGUUUGCAGAACCUCCUGCAAGAUGCCUGUGAAGUCACAGCAACUGUUUUUUUAUGAGAUGUUUAGAGGUUUUCUGAAAUAAAACGUCUCUCUUAUUGAA